AAGUUCCUUCAUUCUCAGAGAAAGAAAGAAAAGAACAGGGAGAGAGAAUCGGGAGAAAUUAGGGUUUGGAGAUGUCGUACCUUCUACCACAUCUGCACUCAGGAUGGGCAGUGGAUCAAGCCAUUCUCGCUGAAGAAGAACGCGUCGUCAUCAUCCGCUUCGGCCAUGAUUGGGACGACACUUGUAUGCAGACUGAAGAAAUCCUGGAGCCCAUUUUCCGUCCUUCAACCUCCUAUGAUUUGGGCUGAAGAAUUCUUUGUUUCUAGGAUUGUUAGAGUAAAGCAUUCGGUGAGUGAGAUGGAUGAAGUGUUGGCCUCAGUUGCAGAGACGAUUAAGAACUUUGCAGUAAUAUACCUUGUGGAUAUCACAGAAGUUCCUGAUUUCAACACAAUGUAUGAAUUGUAUGAUCCUUCCACUGUUAUGUUCUUCUUUAGAAACAAGCACAUAAUGAUUGAUCUUGGUACUGGGAACAACAAUAAGAUAAAUUGGGCACUCAAGGAUAAACAAGAGUUCAUUGAUAUUAUUGAAACAGUUUAUCGUGGAGCAAGAAAAGGCCGUGGUUUGGUCAUUGCACCUAAGGAUUAUUCAACCAAAUAUCGCUACUAAGACGUUUUGCUGCUUGUGCAAGCUCUUAUUGGUUUUAAAUUUAAGUAAUUGCAUCUUGAAAAUCUGUACUAUAUGACAUUAUGCUUGAAUGGCAUAUAACUCUGUUUAAUACACACUUCGCUUCUUAA